AUAUAAACGUUACUAUCACAUAAUUAAAAACACACUGUUCUACAAAUAGUUUACAAUCAUGGAGUCCGAAAAGGUGUUCCGAGAUCUGCUGGAAGAAAUCGCGAAGGAACAGAAUUAUAAGGAGUAUUCCCUGGAAGUGAGCCCAAUAUUCACUGGUGGAGCAAAUUAUUCCUCAUUGUUGUUCGGAGGGACAAUUUCAGCCCCAAACAAAGAAAGUUUGAAAGUCUUUGGUAAAGUAGCUGCAAUGAAUCCCUCUUUGCGUGACGAAAUGGCUAGCUCCGCACUUUUUGAUAUUGAACGCAUCGUGUAUGAGGAACUUGUGAAAAUAUACGAGAAGAUUGAGAAAAAGCACGGUAUUCCAGAAGAAGAUAGACUGGUCUUUUGUAAAUUCUAUGGAAGCAGUUCAGGUGUUAAUCAGGAAACCAUAAUUUUAGAAGACUUGACGGCUAAUGGAUACACGCUUCAUGACAGAAUGAAGUCAGUAGACUGGCCUUAUGCCUCUAAGGCCGUAGAAGUUUUAGCUAAGUUUCACGCUCUCUCAAUGUGCUACGAAGAAGAAUAUCCAGACAGUUUUGAGAGACACGGUAAACAUUUCGCUACGAUAUUAAAGAAUAUACCAGACUUUUUCAACAAAGCAUUCAAAAUGACAUUCCCGCAUUCUCUAGCAGUAGUUAAAGAAGAAAAUAAAGAGAGGUUUAAGGCAUUUUUUACUGAUGAAGAUAAAAUUGAUUUUUGUCAGUUUUUCAAGCCUGUUCGCAAACCAGUGUUAAUACAUGGGGAUUACCGACCUAGCAACUUGAUGCACCGAAAUAAUGCGGAUGGUAGCGUAGACGUAAUUCCAGUGGAUUUUCAGUCCAUCCAACCCAGUUCUGGGAUUAUAGACUUACUCUAUUUCAUCUUCAUGGGCACUGACGGCGCUUUCCGGAAAAAGUACUAUAAGAAAUUAAUAGAACUAUACUAUACUACGAUAAGCCGCAUGCUGAGGGCAUAUGGUCUCAACCCUGAUAAAGUCUACUCGAGGGAAGACUUCGAAUAUGAAUUAAAGGAGAAACUUCCCUAUGGGUUAGUGGUAUCGGCGUUCGCCUUAUCAAUGGUGACAGUGGAGAGCGUGGACGCGCCGAGCCUGGCGGAAGAGCGCGCCGGCCUGGACAGCUUCGUGGUCAAGCCGGGGAAACUGUUCGCUGGGCGGCUCAAUGACGUGGUGGAUGACUAUGUAGAAUGGGGACUGCUAUGAACUGUUAUCAACAUCAUCAUUUGUUAGUAAGAAAGCAGGUAUUUGAAGCUGAAGACUAUGAUAACAAUAAAUAAAUCAUUUAUUGUCUAUUAAACUAACCUUUCGGGUGAACAA